CAGCAACACGCAGUGCGCGCGACGAGGCCGCAGACAUGUCGCUGACCAUCCCGCUGUCCUCGCGCGACACGAGCCCCCCGUCGUCCGAGCCCCAGAGCCCGCGCGACUUCAUCGAGGCCGACUCCGACACAGAUGGAGCCUCGGGCGGCGCCUCGGAUGGAAUCCAGAGCUGUGACACGAGCACAAAGUCGGUCAACCAGAGCAUCUUCGACUACGUCCGCGAGCACGGCCGCACUUACCACAGCUAUCACUCGGGCUCAUAUCCGUUCCCCAAUGACAAGCCCGAGAACGACCGCAUGGACGUCCAACACGAGAUCUGGAAGGUCAUGUUCAGGUUCAGGAACCACUUUGCACCCCUCGACGAUCCACGCAAGAUCCUCGACAUCGGCUGUGGCACGGGAGUUUGGGCCAUCGAGAUGGGCAUGCAGUAUCCCAACGCAUCGAUAAUCGGCACUGACCUGUCACCCAUCCAGCCCGAAUGGGUCCCGAGCAAUGUCAAGUUUGUCAUUGACGACGCCAACGAAGACGAUUGGAUGGUGGAGCCUCAGGAUUACGUCCACACUCGUCUUCUCCUCGGCUGUUUCGAGGACUUUCGAGAGAUUGUCGCCAAAGGUUUCCACGCGCUGAAACCCGGCGGAUGGAUGGAAUCGCAGGACAUCAUGCCAACCGUCUACUGCGACGAUGGAACCAUGCCGCCAGAUUAUCCUUUUGCCUUGUGGGCGAAGACUCAAGACAAAGCCGCCAUGAAUGUAGGCAAGCCCAUGCGCAUUGGCAACAAGUUGAAGCGAUGGUACGAGCAAGCUGGAUUUGUUGAUGUCCAUGAAGAAGUCUUCAAGCUGCCCAUUAAUGGUUGGCCCAAAGACCCCCAGUUCAAAAUGCUUGGAAAAUUCAACGAGCAGAACUACAUCGAGGGCAUCCAAGCAUGGAGUUUAUUCCUGUUCACAAGAGGACUAAAUUGGACCAAGGACGAGAUUGAGGUCUAUCUAGUCAACGUCCGCAAAUCCAUCUCGAAUCACAGUGUUCACGGUUAUCAUAAGAUCUAUGUGGUUUGGGGCCGGAAACCAUACGACGAGCUCGAUGUGCCGAGUUCUUCAUCCGCAAAUCCACCACCUCAAUCCGCCUCGUAACAAAUCCUUCUCCUUACUUCUCUCUCGAUACGCGUCACGAAUUUCCUUAUUUCGAGCAUUUCAGCGAGUGAUGCAAAAAUGAAGCAACUGCAGCGAUUCGCCACUUCGUCAAAUAUGUAUUUUCUAUCGGCGAAGUUGGGCGUCCAUCGAACCUUUUUAUACAGCGCGGCAUGCACAACACAUUGGGCGGGCUUCUGUCACAAAGGCCUUUUCGGGCUAGAAGAACACUUAGGUACUGUUGCGUAAUGGGCUGCUCUAGAGUUUGAGUACAACUGCGGUGUCGCGAACCCAGGACAAAAUUAUCCAUUUCGGAGCACUGCCAAUGCUAUUUUGUUACCUC